CGGCGGGAGAGGAUCGCUCAGCCUCGGGAGUCCGGGCCCAGCAGCCAUGGCGGUGGAAGGAGGAAUGAAAUGUGUCAAGUUCUUGCUCUACGUUCUUCUGCUGGUGUUCUGCGCCUGUGCAGUAGGAUUGAUCGCUGUGGGCAUAGCGGUCAAGCCUAUCCUGAGUGAGACCAUGAGCCCUGGGGCUACUCCUGCCAGCCUGUUGCCUGUGAUCAUCAUUGCGGUGGGGGCCUUCCUCUUCCUGGUGGCCUUCCUAGGCUGCUGUGGAGCCUGCAAGGAGAACUACUGUCUCAUGACCACCUUUGCCAUUUUCCUGUCUCUUAUCAUGCUGGUGGAGGUGGCCACAGCCAUCACUGGCUAUGUUUUUAGAGACAAGAUAAGAGCAGAGUUUGAUAAGGACUUCCGACAGCGGAUGAAGAAUUACUCCAAAAACAGUACAGAUACAUUACUGGACAACUUGCAGAAAAAAUUUGAGUGCUGUGGGGCUGCUAACUACUCAGAUUGGGAGGACAUCCCUGGCAUGGGCAAGAACAGGGUUCCUGAUUCCUGCUGUGUCAACAUCACCAUGGGCUGUGGCAUUGACUUCAAGCAGAGUUCUAUCAAUCCUGAGGGCUGUGUGGAGAAGAUUGGGAGCUGGCUGAGAAAAAAUAUACUUUUGGUGGCUGCAGUAGCCCUGGGUAUUGCUUUUGUGGAGAUCCUGGGAGUCGUGUUUGCCUGCUGUCUUGUGAAGAGUAUCCGAAGUGGCUAUGAAGUGAUGUAGGGGGUCUAGUCUCAUUAGCCCCCUUGUCUAGGGGAAUAGAGUAGAAUCCCCAGGUUUUUUCAAUUAAACGGAUUAUUUUUUCAGACCAAAAA